CUUCAGUUCUUCGUUGUCCUUGUUUUCUCUGGUUAUCAUCUGUGAAUUACUACCAUGUCAUCAUCACCUAACUCGGCUGACUGCCAUACGGUGUGCGAUCUCGAAGAAGCCGCUACCAAGAGCCAGUCAACAGUAUCGGCCGACCAAGAUCUUCCCCCUAAGGGAGAUGACGAUGACAAGAAAGGUCACGUCGCCGGCCAGGACACUGAGGAGGCAGAUGCAGGCAACUUGAUUACUCGAAGCAAAGUAUGGAAAGCCACUUCUCGAAGAGUUGAGGGGUGGUGGGCUAGCUUCAAGAAGGAUCCCCGCUUCUUACUUGAUCUGGUUAUCGUCUAUGUAUCGGUGAUUGUUGACUUCAUGGGUUACACUAUGCUAUCACCUGUAUUUCAACAGGUCGUCCGAACCCUUGGAAACGGAGGGUUAGGCGACAGCCUGGGUGCUUCCAUGUUGAUGACAUUCUACGCCAUCGGACAGUUCAUCACAGCGCUCAUCUACGGGCCGCUUUCCGAUCGAUACGGCCGUAGAAUUGUCUUUGUUAUCGGCUAUACGUUCGCUUGCGUAUUUUAUAUACUUCUAGCCUGUGCUUGGGAUUACUGGUCCUAUGCUAUGUUCCGAUUCUGUGGUGGUUUGGCGACUGGUACUAGGCCCGUCGUCUUCUCCUACCUGGGAGAUAUUGCCACUCCUUCGCAGAUGCCUUUCUACUCGGCCUUUGUGUCCAUCAUGAUUGCUAUUGGCGCUGUAAUGCCAAUAAUUGGUGGUUCACUUGGUGACACGUGGUGGAGAGCUCCUGCGUGCUUCGGUGCUGCAUGGACUGGCCUUUGGGCUGUCGUUUGUAUCCUAUGGCUUAGAAACCCGAAGAAGAAUGAUAGUGUUGGCGGUGGUAUUGUGAAUGCUGAAGGUAAGAUGUCGUUCCCUAUAAUGAAGACUGUCAUGUUUAUCGUUGUAUUGAGCAUGAUCACUUACACUGGGUUCUGCACUCAAUACACUAACAUGUCCAUUAUCACUAUCUUCCCUUGGCUGUUGGAAAAUAAGUUUGGUAUGACAGAAAGUGACGCUGGUCUCAUUAUGGGUUCGCAAGCUAUUCCGACCUUCCUCAGUCUAGUGGUGAUAUUUAUGCCAUUAUCAAGUCAUGGAGUACCCAUGCCCUUGCUAGCAUGUUUGGGCAUGAUCUUCCAUUCCGUUAUGAUAACUUUGCCGUUUGUAGAUAACGAAACAGGUGUAAUAUUCCUCUCGUAUUGCCUUAACUUGGGUAAUUCGUUAGCAUAUGCGUCCGUGCCGGUGAUCGCUAAGCUGAUUGCGCCAGCCCCUCGGCGUGGUUUCGUAAAUUCCAUCGUUCUCUCGGCUACACUUGGUGCGGGUAUAUUCGGUCCUGUUAUUUCUGGCCCUCUUUUCAAUAUAUGGUUGCCGCUACCCUUCAUCGUAUGUUUCUGUAUCUCUGCUACAGGAGCUAUUUGUAUGCUGUUCUGUUGGAGGUUGGCUCCUAUUCUUAUGAAGCGACUGGAAGAGGGUUCGACUUAAGAGCCACCCAAGUUACUUAUGCCUGCCUGAGUGCGAAGAGCACGAGGGAUCUGUGCUUAAUUUUCUUUACUCUAUAUUGUUGUUGUUCUUGUCUUUGACUCCCACACCAAUAUACCGGACGACCAUCAUCAUUGAGGUUGGUACUCCUCCUGCUACUACUUAUAUCUAGUUCAAGCUAUGUAUGUCGCCAGCCCUAUUAAAGCUGUUUGAAUCGUUGCCCAAUAUAAUGGGUAUUCCUUCUAAUUUAUAGUUGAACGGUUCAACAGUUCGUCAAACGUUAGGGCUACAGGCAUGAUGUACAGCAGGAAUGUGGAAAAGUAGUCACUUCACUAUUAUCAUUGAUAAAAUUGAAGGUGAUGAAAAUUGAAGUCAAUCGUUUUGGGUAGCUCUAGCCCCCU